GUUCCUGAUACCGAGACACGGAAAAGCAGGGGUGGGAGAAUUACAGAAAAAGACGAGCGCGGAGAGAGGGACAGCGACCGGGGGAAUUACACUGACGGACACGCGCGCGACGCUCGAGACAAACUGACUACUGACAUUUUUGACGUGCUCACUCAGUCUCAAACCUGUCAAGACCGACAGAUUGGAGCUCCGAAGCCUCGACAUCACGCUAACCCAGAACUCAUGGGUUAACAGACUCUGUUCAGGAGAAGCAGCAACCCAUUAGUCCAAUGAAUAACCGGAAGGAAGACAUGGAGAUCACAUCGCACUACCGGCAGCUCCUGCGUGAGCUGAAUGAGCAGCGGCAGCAUGGCAUCCUGUGCGACGUGUGUGUGAUCGUGGAGGGCAAGAUCUUCAAAGCACACAAGAACGUGUUGCUGGGCAGCAGCCGCUACUUCAAGACACUUUAUUGCCAGGUGAAGAAAGGCACAGAGCAACAGGCCACUAUCACACACUUGGACAUUGUCACCGCUCAAGGCUUCAAGACCAUCCUUGACUUCAUGUACUCCGCACACUUGGCGCUUACGAGCAAGAAUGUGAUUGAGGUGAUGUCAGCCGCGAGCUACCUGCAGAUGACUGACAUUGUCCAGGCAUGUCAUGGCUUCAUCAAAGCAGCACUAGACAUCAGUAUUCGGUCUGAGCUUGCAGAUGAACUUGCGGAUAUUGAAAUGAGCAAUGUAGUAACUUCUAUUGGAGGCGGGGCUGGGCCUGGUGUGGGCGGAGCCUCAGAGUCAUUGGUGACUAUGAUCUCAGGUCGCAGCUCUUCGCCAUGGUUGGCCAGACGCACUAGCCCUGCAAACUCAUCUGGAGAUUCAGCCAUCGCCAGCUGCCAUGAAGGCAGUAGCAACUAUGGCAAAGAGGACCAGGAACCCAAAAGCCAUGAGAGCCAAGAAGAUGCUUGUUUGCAGCCCUUGUGGCCUACUGACUACCGUUCUGUCCAGGUCAAAGAGGAGCAGGUCUCCCCCUCUAAUUUGCAAGACGGAGCUGGCCAAGGUUCACAUGGAACACCUGGAGAGCAGGGUGGUAGAGGGGAGGGGAGCUGGCAACACCCUGGCUCAGGCCGCAGGAAGAACCGUAAGAACAAGGAUACAGUCAGGCACAUAACCCAACAAAAUGAAGGGGACAGUCGGACAGCAUCGCCGCUACCGUCCAUGUUAUCCACCCCUGGCUGGAGCUACAACAACCAGGACAUUCUAGGUACAGAAGUGACAGAGUCUAACAUCUCAGACAGUCGCAGUGAGCGUUUGGAACUCCUGGUAAAGCAGGAGGAGGCCGCAGCGGGCGAUGGGGGAUUUCUGCCUGGGGAGCGGGACGAGGGCACAGCCCAGGAGAGAGGGAGUUCGGUGGCUAACCUGCGUGCUGCCCUCAUGAGCAAGAACAGCUUGCUGUCUCUGGGAGCGGAGAUGCUCGGAGAGGAGAACUCGCUUCUGUUUGACUACCUUCCCAAGGGAGGACACGCUCUCUCUCUUAACGACUUCACAGUGAUCAGGAAGAAGUUUAAGUGCCCAUACUGCAGUUUUUCUGCCAUGCACCAGUGCAUCCUGAAAAGGCAUAUGCGCUCACAUACAGGCGAGAGGCCGUAUCCCUGUGAGAUCUGCGGAAAGAAGUUCACCAGGAGGGAGCACAUGAAACGCCAUACGCUGGUGCAUAGUAAAGACAAGAAGUAUGUGUGUAAAGUAUGCAGUCGUGUUUUCAUGUCGGCCGCCAGCGUAGGCAUCAAACAUGGCUCUCGUCGCCACGGCGUCUGCGCAGAGUGCUCGGGUCGAGGCAUGGCUGCCCUGCUGGACCAGAACGGCGAGGAUGGCUCCCCAGAGGAAGAGCUCUUGUAUCCUGGUGACCACCGUUUUCCUGACGACGCCGCCGAUGGCGACGGAGAAGAGGAGAUGAUGGUGGAGGCGGAGCUGAUGGGAGAAGGACAAGGGGACGAGGAGAACAGAAAAUGGAGAGCAGGCUCAGGGAUGUCACAGCGAGAUGACAGACAAAUAGACGAUGGCAAAGAGGAGAGUGACUCUGCUCUGGAAGGAGACGCCAGAGCAGGAAGUGAGAAGGACUUCAGCUGGAGUUCCUAGUCCAAUGCCUGGAGCCUAGUCUAAGCUCAACCACCUGAUCCUGUAAGGAGAUAUGCUUAAGGUGGGGCAAUCAGAUCUCAGUUUGUGGAAGAAGCCACAAACUGAGAGGUCCUUGAGAUGCCCACAGGGCUGCCAAAGGAGACAGUGAAGAGUCUUCUCGGCUCCGACUCUAUGUGCUUCUGACCCAGGCUUUGGUUUGUCGUCUUUCUUCCUACAAGGACCAAACGGGUUUCUGUUUAUGUGUUUGCUAUUUCUUCUGACAAGUGAGAUUUGAGUUGUCUUGAAGAUCGUCCAAAAUCAGUACAAUGCAUUGAUGGGUCGGACAGAGAAAGUAUAUGAAAGAUGUGCUCUUGCCAUAAGGUCAGUCGCCACAAGGGGGCACUGGCUUAUCUAUUGCUAAGCAGUUUGCGUCAGAAGACUUGCACCCAUUUUUUUUAUGCCACAUUGUUAAAACUGCAACAGACUUGCACUUUAAACGUUGACUAGAUUCCUAACGAUUCCUUGUUUCUGUGGUUUACAUUUUUAUUCCAAUUUACAUAGAUGAAUAUGGUGACCGCACCUACCUUUAAGGAUAUACAGUAUGUCCUGAUGACUGUUAUAUAUGAACAUUUGUGCUAGGUUUGCUAAUUAUAAUAUAUGCCUUGUAAUGUUUUAUUGCGUUGCAAUUUUUGUUUUCCUGAACAUUUAUAUCAAGGGGAAAAAUCAUGUAUAUAGUUACAUAUAAGUGAGGCAUUUGAUGGUUUUGUGUUUUCAACAAAGAACGGAUUGGGAAGUUGAGUGAACACUAUGCAGAAAUGUAUCUUUCUAGUUCUCAACAAUCUUCAUUCUCUCUAUUAUUGGAGGGAAACAAGUCUUCAAUAGAGGAUACUAGAGGAGAGAGAGCAGAUGAGAAGAUUUAGGGAAAUAUAACUUUUGUCCCGCUGUGAUAUUUUCUCAUUAAUUGGAUUCCAUAUAGUGGACACUGUCAGGGAUGGGCUCGGUUUUAUACAGAGGGUUUUUAGUGUGCUGUGUUUCUUUAAAAAAACUGUAUGCAAAUGUAUUUGGUAGGUUUGGUGUUGAGGGCAGUGUAUAACACAAGCUAAUGUCAUACAAAAGCCUUCACUUAAGUGAUUUUGAAAUCUCUCCUCUCUUCUCGCUCAUCCUGUGUUUAAUGUAUUUUGCAUUUCCAUGCAGCCUAGCCAUUGUACUGUACCGAGUCUGCCUCUAAAAUAUUAAACCCAUGUGAUUUGACAGGGAGAUAUCAUGCCUUCCCACUAAAUAUUUAAUUCACUCUCACUUUAUUUCUGGAAUAUUCCGAAAUAUAUGCAUCAGUUUUCAUAAGCAGAAAACCACAGCUUUGAUCUUUCUUUCUUUCUUUUGCUCUUCUUUUGGUGUUUGGUCCAUUUAAAAUGACAAAACAUGUUUUGUUUUGAGAUCAUCGGGACUGAUGUGUGCUGUAAAGUGAAAAUGCUGUUGAUUUAUUGGGUUUAAAUGGUUAUUUAUUUAGUUUGUGUGAGAGAUUGCUUGUCUAGUCAUAUCCUUACCAUUCUGCUUGACUCAUGUACCAAUAGAGAAAGAGUGUGGGUUUACUUAGCUAUACUUUGAGGGACAAAAUCAUCCCCAGAAGUUGACUAAAUAUGACAAAAACUUUGGGGACGUCCACAGUUGCAAAAACUUUCUUAAAAUGCAGAACUUUUUUUAGGCGUAGGGUUUGGGUUAGUCUAUAGUAUUUAUAGUUAGCUUUAUUUAAAACAAUAGAAGCCUACGGUAUGUCCCCAUUCAGAUAGCUAAGUAAACGCAUGCGCAUGCGUGUGCGUGUGUGUAUGUGUGUGUGUGUGUGUGUCAAGGACCGGGAUUAUGAAUGUCUUUUUACUCCUUAUUGUUUUAACAAUCUGUGCCAGAAUAUUUGACAAUGGGAAUAAAAUGCUUUAUUAUGCUUUUACUUACCAUGAUUAACAAAUUUGUAUCAUUAUGGUUACUGUUGAUAUUGUUGUAAUUAUUAUUAUUAUUAUUAUCAUUAUUAUUGUUAUUAUUAUUAAGUGCUGGAUGCUAAGCUUUAUUAUCCGUUUAAUUUUUCUAUUUCCUUUCUUAAAAAACGGUGUAAAACUUUCCAAUCUUGCCUUUCUAUGGACAGCAAGCCAUGUGGCUUUCAGAGGUAAUUAUAUUGUGCCAGUUCCAUACAUUUCUGAGUGAUAUUUGAGAACCUUUUUUAUUUUUUUCAUAAUUAUUAUUAUAUAUUAUUUACGAAGGAUAAACUUUCUGAGAGCUUAACUCACUGAUUGUGUUGACAGAAAGGUAUAUACAGCACAUGCUUCUAUAUUACUAACGUACACUAAGUAGUUAAUAUUAUACCAAAAAAAAUAAAAAUAAAAA